AUGGCCUCGGAUCACGGGGUCCCAGUGUUUGGAGAUUUACCCCCGAGUUAUACGCGCUCCCAGCCGCCCGCCAACCCGGACCUGCUCCGGAGACCCAGCUACUGCCACGCCGCUUUCGCACUUAAACAGAUCUCAAAGGGGAAGGCGGUUGGUCAGAAAGCUCCUCUGUGGAUCCGGGCGAGGUUCCAGGCCUUCCUGUUCUCUCUGGGUUGUCACAUCCAGAGGCACUGUGGGAAGGUCCUCUUUAUUGGACUCUUAGUAUUCGGGGCUCUGUCUGUGGGACUCCGAGUCGCAGCCAUCGAAACAAACAUUGAGCAGCUAUGGGUGGAAGCUGGCAGCCGGGUCAGCACAGAGCUUCGCUACACCAGGGAGAAGCAAGGAGAGGAGUCCGUAUUUACCUCACAGAUGCUUAUUCAGACCCCCAAAGAAGAGGGCACUGAUAUUCUUACCCAGGAGGCUUUGCUGCUUCACAUGGAAGCUGCCCUGGCGGCCAGCAAGGUGCAGGUGUCACUGUUUGGAAAAUCAUGGGAUCUGAAUAAAAUAUGCUAUAAAUCAGGAGUGCCUAUUAUGGAAAAUGUCAUGAUUGAAAGGAUUAUUGACAAGCUGUUUCCCUGUAUGAUCAUCACUCCAUUGGACUGUUUCUGGGAAGGGGCCAAACUGCAGGGAGGCUCUGCCUAUUUACCGGGCAUGCCAGAUAUCCAAUGGAUGAAUUUAGAUCCUGUCAAAUUGAUGGAGGAACUGAGCCAGUUCACUUCUCUGGAAGCAUUUAAGGAGAUGUUGGACAAAGCCCAGGUGGGACAUGCCUACAUGGACAGACCAUGCCUUGAUCCUUCAGACCCAGAUUGUCCUCUUAGUGCACCCAACAAGGAGCAGGGAGAGAGUCCUGACAUCGCGGGCCGUCUCCAGGGUGGUUGUCAUGGUUUUAGCCAGAAGUUCAUGCACUGGCAGGAGGAGCUCAUCCUGGGAGGACGGGUCAAAAACAGCCAGGAUAGGCUGCUGAGUGCGGAGGCUCUCCAAACCAUGUUCCUGUUGAUGAGUCCCAAGCAGCUAUAUGAGCACUUUAAAGGUGACUACGAGAUCCAUGACAUCAACUGGAAUGAAGAAAAGGCAACAGCCAUCCUCGAGUCCUGGCAGAGAAAGUUUGUGGAGUCAGUCCACCAGAGUAUUCCAGCUAACUCAAGUCAGUCCAUCCAUGCUUUCUCCACCACCACCCUCAAUGACAUCAUGAAGUCGUUCUCUGAUGUCAGUGUUAUCAGAGUGGCCGGAGGAUACCUCCUUAUGCUGGCAUAUGCCUGUGUGACUAUGCUAAGGUGGGAUUGUGCAAAAUCCCAAGGAGCCGUUGGGCUGGCCGGGGUCCUGUUGGUCGCCCUCUCUGUGGCAGCAGGAUUGGGUCUUUGCUCCCUCCUCGGCCUCUCUUUCAAUGCUGCAACCACACAGGUGCUUCCCUUCCUGGCACUGGGGAUUGGAGUGGAUGACAUGUUUCUUUUGGCUCACUCCUUCACAGAAACUGGAAGCAAUAUCCCCUUUAAGGAGCGGACGGGGGACUGUUUGCGUCGCUCCGGCACCAGCGUGGCUCUGACCUCCAUCAACAACAUGAUCGCCUUCUUCAUGGCCGCCCUUGUGCCGAUCCCUGCCCUGCGAGCUUUCUCAUUGCAGGCAGCCAUUGUGGUAGUGUUCAACUUCGCCAUGGUGCUGCUCAUCUUCCCAGCCAUCCUCAGUUUGGACCUCCAUCGACGCGAAGACAAGCGUUUGGACAUCCUCUGCUGUUUGUACAGCCCCUGCUCCGACCGCGUUAUCCACCUCUCUCCAAAUGAGCUGUCGGACGCCGGAGACCAGCUGCACUCUCCCACAACAGGGCCGUCACAUACACACCAGUACACGGCAGGGUCGACAAUCACCACCAGCACCCAGAUCACCACAACGGUGCAGGCGUUCACACAGUGUGACGCAGCGGGCCAGCAUAUCGUCACAAUCCUGCCAGCUACCUCACAGAUCUCCACCAGCCCCGCUUCCAUCAUUGUCUGCCCCACCUCACAGGCCCAAGCCACAUCACCUUCCCCUGCAACCCCCUCUGUCCCAGACCCGUUUGGCUCCCAGCUCUUCACCCCUACCUCCAGCUCCACACGAGACCUCUUAGCACAGGUGGAGGAUUCCAAGUCGGGAAAGAAGUGUGUCCCAUUCCCUUUCCUUCAUUGGAACUUGUCCAGUUUUGCCAGGGAUAAAUAUGCCCCCCUGCUCUUGAAGCCCAAGAGCAAAGCCAUCGUGGUGGUUCUCUUCCUGGGCCUCCUGGGACUCAGCCUGUACGGCACCACCAUGGUGCACGAUGGCCUUUACCUGACUGAUAUUGUUCCACGCGACACCAAGGAGUAUGAUUUCAUCGACGCCCAGUUUAGGUAUUUCUCCUUCUACAACAUGUACCUGGUGACCAUGGACGGAUUUGAUUAUGCCCGCUCUCAAAGACUGCUCAUUCAGCUUCACAACGCCUUCAACUCUGUUCGAUACGUCGUUAGAGACAGCGACAACAAACUACCCCGCAUGUGGCUGCACUACUUCCAGGACUGGCUCAAAGGUCUUCAAGCUGCUUUUGACGCUGACUGGCAGGCAGGCAGGAUUACUGCUGACAGUUAUAGGAAUGGCACAGAGGACGGAGCUCUGGCAUAUAAGCUCCUCAUCCAGACCGGUUCUAAAAAAGAUCCUUUUAACUACAGCCAGCUCACCUCCCGUCAGCUAGUGGAUUCAGAGGGUUUGAUCCCCCCGGAGGUGUUUUACAUCUAUCUGACGGUCUGGGUCAGUAACGACCCUCUGGGCUACGCUGCCUCCCAGGCCAACUUUUACCCUCACCCCAGAGAGUGGACUCACGACAAGUAUGACACCACAGGAGAAAAUCUGCGCAUCCCAGCUGCUGAGCCUCUGGAGUUUGCUCAGUUUCCCUUCUACCUGAAUGGCCUUCGUCAGGCCAGUGACUUUGUCGAGGCCAUUGAGAGUGUGCGGGCCAUCUGCGACGAGUUCAGUCGUAAGGGUGUGUUCAAUUACCCUAAUGGAUACCCCUUCCUGUUCUGGGAGCAGUACAUUGGCCUCAGACACUGGUUCCUGCUGGCGAUCAGCGUGGUACUGGCGUGUACCUUCCUGGUGUGUGCACUUCUCCUGCUCAAUCCCUGGACUGCUGGCAUUAUCGUGUUUAUCUUGGCCAUGAUGACUGUGGAGUUGUUUGGCAUCAUGGGUCUGAUUGGCAUCAAGCUCAGUGCCAUUCCUGUUGUCAUCUUGAUCGCUUCGGUGGGCAUCGGAGUGGAGUUUACUAUUCACAUCGCAUUGGGCUUCCUGACGGCAAUAGGCAACAGGAACAAGCGCUCGGCGGUCGCACUGGAGCACAUGUUUGCACCAGUGGUUGAUGGAGCCAUUUCUACAUUAUUGGGGGUUCUCAUGCUGGCCGGAUCAGAGUUUGACUUCAUCAUGAGGUAUUUCUUUGCUGUGUUAGCCAUCCUGACUGUUUUGGGGAUGCUAAAUGGCCUGGUUCUCCUGCCGGUCAUCCUCUCCAUGAUGGGUCCUCCAGCCGAGGUCACCCCAGUGGACAAUGCCAGCUCCCUGCCGGCCCCUUCCCCUGAGCCCCCUCUCCCUCCACCGAUUACUCACCAUGGGUACUACACCGGCCACCACAACCCACGGGCGCCUCGUCAGCAAGCCUUUUCAGAGUCAUCGGACUCAGAGUAUUACUCCGAGUUGACCACCACAUCAGGGAUUGGGGAGGAGGAUUACAAGUACUUUGACCAGAGUGCAUACCCAACAUCACACAACAGCAUUCCACCUGCAACAUCUCAUAUACUGCUGGAAGCCAGCAAGAACCCCAGCUUUCCCAAACUCACGGUGGUGAAACCAUACAAAGAAGGUGCAGCGAGUGGGAGGAUCGAACCACUGAGUGAAGCUUCUCACGCCACGCAGUCGCCUCUGGGCUCCCAGGUUUCAUGUUGGGAUAGAACCAAACAGGAGCAGCCACCAGGCCUCCAGAGACAGCCGGCUCAGCCCAAGACACACUUACCUGGGGACAGAGCCCACUUUCCCGGCAGGACUUGUCAAAGCGGCCCUAGGCCGCCGAACGGCCGGGCGCCGCACCCAAACAGGACUAAGGGGCCAAGCCACAGCCACAGCAGCUCCGCCCUGCCGACACAGCACAGCUCGUCCGGGGGACCGGUUACUAUGGUUACCGCGACGGCCUCUGUGACGGUGGCCGUGCAUCCAACUUUGCCCGGGGCGACGUACCAAGGUUACAUGCAUGAAGGUUUUGACACGGACAGCGAGUCAGACUGCUUUGAAGUUGCGAAAAGGACUUACGGUGACAAAACAAACUUUUCUUCAUGUACGAGAGACUCUCUUGAGCUCCAGGACUUGGAGGCGUCGCAGGGCCAGGCAGAAUAUCAACUGGGAAAAACACAUGGUGGGUUGAGGAUCCAGGCAUCCAAAGAUUGCUAG